AUGAAGUCCAUCACCGCCCUCCUCUUCACCCUCGCCGCUGCCUCCACCUACGCUUCCCGCGUCAACUUCGAAUACUACUCUGACUCCAACUGCGCCAACACCAAAGUCGGUCUCGCAAACAUCGGCGCCGGGACAGAUGUGGGUUCAUGCGGCAAAUGCGUCGAUCUCAGCUUCCCAGGCAAGUCCUUCCACAUCGGCUCGCCGGCAUCUGAAGCCCAGGUCCCGGAGGACUGCGAGAUCAUUGGCUAUGCAAAGGCCAACUGCAAGGGUGCGAUCAACUUGCGCGUCGAGGGGCCAAGCAAGGGGAAGAAGUGCUAUAAGAGUGGCGACUUCCAGGGGCCAAGCGUCGGGAUCGGCUAUGCCAGAAGCGAAACAGCAUUUGUGGCGGUGUUGGUGGGUGGCAUAGCGCUGAGGGAGCACUGA